CAGAGGGGAGAGUGGGCCCGGUGAGGAGGAGCGAACACCCAGCUCAAGGGACAGUGGGCCCGGUGAGGGGGAGUGUACAUCCAGCACAGGGGAGAGUGGGCCCGGUGAGGAGGAGUGUACACCCAGCACAGGCGAGAGUGGGCCCGGUGAGGGGACAUGUAUGCCCAGCACAGGGGAGAGUGGGCCCGGUCAGGGGGAGUGAACAUCCAGCACAGGGGAAAAUGGGCCUAGUGAGGGGGGAGUGUACACCCAGCACCGGGAGAGUGAGCUCAGUGACGAUGAGUAUACAACCAGCACAGGAUAGAGUGUGCCCGGUGAGGGCAGAUUGUACGCACAGCACAGGGGAGAGCGGGCCCGGUGAGGAGGGGUGUACACACAGCACAGGGGAGAGCGGGCCCGGUGAGGAGGGGUGUGCACACGGCACAGGGGAGAGCGGGCCCGGUGAGGAGGGGUGUGCACACGGCACAGGGGAGAGCGGGCCCGGUGAGGAGGGGUGUGCACACGGCACAGGGGAGAGCGGGCCCGGUGAGGAGGGGUGUGCACACGGCACAGGGGAGAGCGGGCCCGGUGAGGAGGGGUGUGCACACGGCACAGGGGAGAGCGGGCCCGGUGAGGAGGGGUGUGCACACGGCACAGGGGAGAGCGGGCCCGGUGAGGAGGGGUGUGCACACGGCACAGGGGAGAGCGGGCCCGGUGAGGAGGGGUGUGCACACGGCACAGGGGAGAGCGGGCCCGGUGAGGAGGGGUGUGCACACGGCACAGGGGAGAGCGGGCCCGGUGAGGAGGGGUGUGCACACGGCACAGGGGAGAGCGGGCCCGGUGAGGAGGGGUGUGCACACGGCACAGGGGAGAGCGGGCCCGGUGAGGAGGGGUGUGCACACGGCACAGGGGAGAGCGGGCCCGGUGAGGAGGGGUGUGCACACGGCACAGGGGAGAGCGGGCCCGGUGAGGAGGGGUGUGCACACGGCACAGGGGAGAGCGGGCCCGGUGAGGAGGGGUGUGCACACGGCACAGGGGAGAGCGGGCCCGGUGAGGAGGGGUGUGCACACGGCACAGGGGAGAGCGGGCCCGGUGAGGAGGGGUGUGCACACGGCACAGGGGAGAGCGGGCCCGGUGAGGAGGGGUGUGCACACGGCACAGGGGAGAGCGGGCCCGGUGAGGAGGGGUGUGCACACGGCACAGGGGAGAGCGGGCCCGGUGAGGAGGGGUGUGCACACGGCACAGGGGAGAGCGGGCCCGGUGAGGAGGGGUGUGCACACGGCACAGGGGAGAGCGGGCCCGGUGAGGAGGGGUGUGCACACGGCACAGGGGAGAGCGGGCCCGGUGAGGAGGGGUGUGCACACGGCACAGGGGAGAGCGGGCCCGGUGAGGAGGGGUGUGCACACGGCACAGGGGAGAGCGGGCCCGGUGAGGAGGGGUGUGCACACGGCACAGGGGAGAGCGGGCCCGGUGAGGAGGGGUGUGCACACGGCACAGGGGAGAGUGGGCCCGGUGAGGAGGGGUGUGCACACGGCACAGGGGAGAGUGGGCCCGGUGAGGAGGGAUGUGCACACGGCACAGGGGAGAGUGGGCCCGGUGAGGAGGGGCGUGCACACGGCACAGGGGAGAGGGGGCCCGGUGAGGAGGGGUGUGCACACGGCACAGGGGAGAGUGGGCCCGGUGAGGAGGGGUGUGCACACGGCACAGGGGAGAGUGGGUCCGGCUGA